GAUGGAGUCCUCCUCCACUGACUGGUUUGUACUAUUCAACCUCACGGCCACACCCACCCCCAUAAAUUACACCACCCAGGUGCCCAGGGAACCAUACCUCCACAAGCUGGCACACCUGGACGAGGGCCUCUACAAUGACUUUUACAGCCUGUGGAUUGCCCUGCUGGUGAUCAAUGUGCUCAUCUUCAUUGUGGGUAUGGCGCUCAACAGCUUGGCUCUGUAUGUCUUCUGUCUGCGGACAAAGCCCAGCACCACCUCUGUCAUCUACACCAUUAACUUGGCGGUGACGGAUCUGCUAGUGAACCUCUCACUGCCCACCCGCAUCGUCCUGUAUUACAGCGCGGGCAAGUGCCUCACUUGCUCCUACCUGCACAUCUUCAGCUAUUUUGUCAACAUGUACUGCAGCAUCCUUUUUCUCACAAGCAUUUGCAUUGACCGAUACCUGGCCAUCGUGCAGGUGGAGGCAUCGCGCAAGUGGAGGAGCCCGGGUGUGGCCAAGUGUGUCUGCGCCUUCAUCUGGCUGUUCGCCAUCGUGGUGACCUACUCGCUCCUGUCCACGGCCUUCAAGCAGGAGGCCUGCUGCCUGUCCAAGCUGUUCGCCCUCACGGUGUUUGAGUUCUUCCUGCCGCUGGUGGUGAUCGUGGUGUUCACCGUGCGCAUCGCCUGCGCGCUGGCCAGGCCGGGCCUGAUGCAGCAGAGCCGGGAGCGGCGCAUGAGGGCCGUCCAGCUGCUGGUCACCGUCCUGGUCAUCUUCACCGUCUGCUUCACGCCCUUCCACGUGCGGCAGGUGCUGGUCUUCUUCUACCCGGACAUGCCGCACCACGUGGUGGCCUACCACGUCACCGUCACCCUCAGCAGUCUCAACAGCUGCCUGGACCCCGUGGUCUACUGCUUCGUCACCAACAACUUCCAGGGCACGGUGAGGAGCGUGUUCCGCAAGGCGGAGGCGGAGCAGACCAGCGGGGACGUGGUCAGCAUGCAGCGCAGCUCCAAGGGCUCGGGCACCGCCACAGCCAUCGCACACAGCAUGAUCAUGCUGAACCUGACCUCGCCCCUGUCGGGCAGCAUGCACGCCUGAGGGGGGCGGGGCUGGGCAGGGUGAGGGUGGUGCUGGGACAGCUGAAUGGACGAGAUACCCAUCUGUGUGUGGCAGUAAAAGGGUAACAGAGACUCUGAAGAAUCAGCACUACAUGAAUGAACUGUGAGAAUCAUGUGUAAUGUAUGUAAAAUAUGUAUAUGUUUGUAUAUUAUGUGUGUGUGUGUGUGUGUGUGUGAGAGAGAGAGAGAGAGAGAGAGAGAAUACACACAAUACACAGUUACUUUAUAAUUUUCUUUCCAAAGCCAUAUUCAAACGAUGCUUUUCUGAAUAUUGCAGUUGUAGUUCUUUACAGCUCGGUUCUGUACUUUCUUGUUCAAAGUCAUAGCAAACUGUGUGAAAAAUGAGUAUAUAUAUAUUCAUGUUUCCAUCUUUAUGAUAUUGACAUGACUGCUGUAUAUGCCAACAACACCUUGUGGAUUUUAUUUUAAUCAAGUCAUUAAGGUGACUGCAGUUAUUCGUUCUCUUCUAUAACAGACUUUAAUUCUUAUAGUUUUAUUUUCUAACA